AUGGCGCAAAAUCAGCAAAGGACGGAGGCAGCUAUUAUGCAAAAUCAGCAAAAGACGGACUCCGAAAUGCAGGACAUAAGGAAUCAGAUAGGUCAAUUGGCCACCAGAAUGAACCGUUUGGAGUCCCAGAACCAAGGGAAGCUGCCAUCUCUACCGGAGUUGAAUCCGAAGAACGUGAGCGCAAUGACCCUAAGGAGUGGGAAAGAGAUUCAAGGGCCUGAGCCUCCUUGGCAUGGGUUGUUGCAUUGGCUUUUUCUCUCAAAAGUAUCCACUCACAAACGCCUAAAGCUAAAUCAUCCACCAGGACCAAAACCAUGGCCUAUUAUUGGCAACUUGAAACUCCUAGGUUCAAUCCCACAUCAAUCCUUGCACUUGCUGUCCCAGAAAUAUGGAGAAAUCAUGCAACUAAAAUUUGGUUCCAGCCCUGUUGUAGUAGCUUCAUCCCCUGAAAUGGCAAAAGAAUUCUUGCAAACACAUGACAACAUCUUCGCCUCUCGGCCUACAACUGCUGCUGGCAAAUACACUAGCUAUAACUGCUCCGACUUGACAUGGGCACCUUAUGGUCCAUUCUGGCGACAAGCUCGUAAACUUUAUCUAACCCAAAUAUUUAAUCCAAAGCGACUUGACUCCUUCGAGAGCAUACGCAUUGAAGAAAGGCGUGCUUUCAUUUCUAGCUUGUAUGCUCUCUCAGGAAAGCCAAUAGUUAUGAGAGAUCAUCUAACACGUCUUACCCUCUCCACUGCAAGCCAGAUGGUUUUAAGUAACAAGUACUUUGCCCAAUCUGAAGGGGAGGGAUCUCUACCUACCUUUGAAGAAUUCCAAGAGAUGAUAGAUACUUGGUAUUUGCUGAGUGGUGUGUUCAAUAUUGGGGAUUGGAUACCAUGGCUAGACAGAUUUGACCUCCAAGGUUAUGUAAAGCAAAUGAAAGAACUUCACCAGAAAUUUGAUAGAUUCCAUAACCAUGUGCUUGAUGAUCACCAGGCCAAGAGGAAAACGGAGAAGGAUUUUAUCCCUAAGGACAUGGUUGACAUUCUAUUGCAAUACGCUGAAGAUCCAGAUCUCCAGGUUAAACUCACCAGAGAUCAGAUAAAAGGGCUAAUUCAGGUGCUAUUUCUUCUCAUUGUUUAAUCAAAUUCCUAGGUCUCUGACUCUUUACCUCUUUAAGUUACUGAAUCUGAAAGCCAGCAGUCUUGC